AUGAUUAGUGACCAAACGAAAACCAAUGGUCUUAUACUUAGUUCAGCGUCUCUUUGCUUUAGUACAUUUGCAUGUUUGAUCUCAUGUAUAGUUUUUCUUAUUAUUAUAUAUCAUCUUUAUUAUAAUCAUGUCAAACGUGAAGACAAAAUAACUGUUGUUCUUUGUGGUCAUAUUUAUUUAACAAUUUUAAUAUAUUCAUCAACAUUUUCAUCAAUGCAUAUUCGAUCAAUAUUGGGUGAUUUGUACAAGCAAUCUUUUGAUUCAUCUUGGUGUAUUUUUUCAGGACAUUUAGCUAUUGUAUUGCUUGGCAUGUUAUACUUGAGUUUUUUAAAUCAGGCAUUCUAUCGUCUUAUUCGAAUUGUUUAUUCUCAAAAUAGAUGGUUUCAGUCUUUAAAACUAUAUAUUAUUUUACCAUUUUUAGAAAUAAUAAUACUAACAUGUAUUCUUCUAUGUAUUCUUAUACCUUUGAAUGGUGUAACAUACUUACCAAACGACUACUUCUGUUGUCCAACAUUCACAAAUAUUCCUAGUAUUCUUUCGACAGCAGUUGUUGUUUAUAUAGGUCCAUUUUGUUGUUUAUUAUUUAUUUAUAUACAUAUAACAAGAUUUAUUCAUCAACAAGGAAAUAAGCAAACACUGCUAAUCAAACAACGACAAUCUCGAGAUUUACUUAUUAUACGACGCAUUUUAAUUAUUGUUAAUUUAUUAUUUAUUCUUGCAAUACCUGGAAUGAUUCUUAUAUUUAUGUUUAUAAUAACAGGUGAAGAGCAUCCAUUACUUGCUCGAAUUACAUUUUUUCCAGUUAGCAUAUCUGAAGCAGGACUGAGUGUAGCAUUACUUUUUACUAUUCCACAACUAAAAAAUAUUGUUCUGAACUUACGAAUAAUAAGAAUAGUGAUGCCUGUCAAUCAAGUCGUGCAAGGCGCAAUACAAAUGAACACGUUGGCUGGUACUCAAUAA